GCUGUGAUCCUGUGGUGGCUGGCCGCGCUGUCGCCGCCGCGAAGAAGGACCAGGAGCCCGACCCCGACGAUGGCCGCUAGCGGGUCGCCCUCUUCUUCGGCGCUCGCGGAGGAGGCCAAGGCACGCUACGACAAGGUCGUCUUCAAGGUGCUCGAUCUGGAUGACUACGCCGCCGAGGACGAGGAGUACGAGGAGAAGCUCAAGAAGGAGAACAUCACAUUCUUCUUCCUCGCAACGUUUGUGAAGAGGCCAAUCUGGUGUUGUGAAAGAAGGGGGCUGGCCAUGGAGAAGAUCCCGCAGCGAGCUCCUCAGGGUAGGUUAUCCCACAGAUCUCCUCAAUUGGGAUGUGAAGAUGCAGAACUAAUGUUUGUUCGGGAGCUGCUUUAUUAUAUCAAAUGCACGAGAUACUUACUAUUUCUCUUAUGA